GAGAGAGUUAGAGAGAUAGAAAGAUAGAUAGAAAGAUAGAUAGAUAGAUAGAUAGAUAGAUAGAGAUAGGUAGACAGAUAGAUAGAUAGAUGAUAGACCAGACAGACACACAGACAGACAGAGGUAGUCCUUGACUUACAGCCUUUCAUUUAGUGACCGUUCAAAGUUACCAGGGCACUGAAAAAAGGGACUUGGGACCGUUUUUCACACAACCGUUGUAGCAUUCCCCACGGUCACAUGAUCAAAAUUCAGACGCUCGGCAACUGACUCGUAUUUAUGACGAAUGCAGUGUCCCGGGGUCACAGUAUCCCCUUUUUGCGACCUUCUGAUAAGUCAAGUCAACAGGGAAGCCCAAUUCACUUAACCACCGUGUGCCUCACUUAAUUGCAGUGAUUCAUUGAACAGCUGUGGCGAGAAAUUCACUUACCAAAUGUCUCGCUUAGCAACAUAAAUUCUGGGCUCAAUUACUGUCGUAAAUCGAGGAUCUACCUGUAUCUGCUUUGAAAGAAAAGCACAGGCAGUCCUCAACUUACAACUGUUGAUUCAUCAACUGUUCGAAGUUACACCACCAGCACUGAAAAAAGUGACUUACACUUUUCUCACACUUAUGACGGUAGAGCAUCCCCCCGUGACCAAAAUUAGGGCGCUUGGCAACUUAGAUGAUGGUUACAGCAUUUUGGAGUCACACGAACGCUGUUUGUGACCUUCCUAGCCAUCUUCCGACAAGCAAAGUCAGUGGGGGAAGUCAUAAGUCGAGGACUAUCUAUAAAGAGUAUGUCAAUUAUCCUGAAAUUAAACUCAUCCAUCAUUAUUCAGGGAAGAAUUCCAUACGCAGAAUCAUUUUAUAUAUUAAGCUUCUGAGCACAAGUUUUAGGUUGCUUAUUGUGUUACUUUUCUACACCAAGGGGACCCCAAAGUCCACGCUAAGAGACCAUGUUGUUUCUCUGUGUCAUAUGAUAUAUGUGUUUGUAUGCAUGAUUUUGUAUUUAUUUAUUUUGUCAUGCUUAUGUAAUCGGAGGUGGUGUCCCUCUGAGAGCUGUAUGCAAUGAAAUUUCACUUUAAUAUGUGUUGAUUAGUGUACAUUCAAAGUCACUAUGAAGUUAUUUUUUCUUUCUUUCUAUAUCUAUCAUCUGUCUAUCAUCUCUAUCAUCUAGCUAUCUAGCUAAUCUGUCUGUCUAUCAUCUAUCUAUCUAUAUCUAUCUAUCUAUCAUCUGUCUAUCAUCUCUAUCAUCUAGCUAUCUUAAUCUAAUCUCCGUCUGUCUGACUGUCUAUCAUCUAUCUAUAUCUAUCUGUCUAUCAUCUGUCUAUCAUCUCUAUCAUCUAGCUAUCUUAAUCUAAACUGUCUGUCUAUCAUCUCUAUCUAUCUAUCUAUCUAUCAUCUGUCUAUCAUCUCUAUCAUCUAGCUAUCGUAAUCUAAUCUCCGUCUGUCUGUCUAUCAUCUAUCUAUAUCUAUCUGUCUAUCAUCUGUCUAUCAUCUCUAUCAUCUAGCUAUCUUAAUCUAAACUGUCUGUCUAUCAUCUCUAUCUAUCUAUCUAUCUAUCUAUCAUCUGUCUAUCAUCUCUAUCAUCUAGCUAUCUUAAUCUAAUCUCCGUCUGUCUGACUGUCUAUCAUCUAUCUAUAUCUAUCUGUCUAUCAUCUGUCUAUCAUCUCUAUCAUCUAGCUAUCUUAAUCUAAACUGUCUGUCUAUCAUCUCUAUCUAUCUAUCAUCUGUCUAUCAUCUCUAUCAUCUAGCUAUCUUAAUCUAAUCUCUGUCUAUCAUCUCUAUCUAUCUAUCAUCUGUCUAUCAUCUCUAUCAUCUAGGUAUUUUAAUCUAAUCUCUGUCUGUCUAUCAUCUAUCAUCUAUCUGUAUCAUCUCUAUCAUCUAGCUAUGAUAGAUCAUCUAUCUGUCUAUCAUCUAUCUAUAUCUAUCUAUCUAUCUAUCUAUCUAUCUAUCUAUCUAUCUAUCUAUCUAUCUAUCUAUCUAUCUAUCUAUCUAUCUAUCACUCCCCCAUUCACUUUAGCUGCAUUGUGCAGAUAAUUCUAUUUCAAUUCCUGAUCUUUCUUUCUUUUCCUUUCUUUUUAUGGGCAAAUAUUUGUCUAAGGCAGAGUUUUCUCAACCCUGGCAAUUUUAAGCCGUGUGGAAUUCUGGGAGUUGAAGUCCACACAGCUUAAAGUCGCUAAGAUUAAGGUGCUGUUUGUUUAACUGGAAAAUCCGGAUGGGUGGACUUCAACGUCCAGAAUCCUCUGCAAUGCCCAAGGAAUUCUGGGAGUCGAAGUUUAAAAGUUUGGGAACAAAGGUUGGAAGGAAACAUCAUUUACCUUACCUGGCACUCAAUAAAUAUUACACAAUUCGCAGUCUUCCAGAUAGCACUGGUCAUGCCUUAGUUGUAAUAAUCCUGUUUUUAGACAAUACUGGCUGUUUUCUCCCCACUUUCGCAGGUUCUUGGGAAUCCAGACGAUGGCCCAAUUAUCAAGUUGGGGACAAAUUUUCUAGAAACUCUGAUCCUUUGAAAGAAGACCGUUUGAUCUGCUGCAUUUCCAGCCAUGUCGGAACCCAUAACGCUGAACGUUGGCGGGAAGUUAUACACGACCUCCCUCUCCACUUUGACUAGCUUUCCGGACUCCAUGCUGGGCGCCAUGUUCAGUGGGAAGAUGCCCACCAAAAGAGACAGCCAAGGCCACUGCUUCAUUGACCGAGACGGCAAAGUUUUCCGCUACAUCCUCAACUUCUUGAGAACUUCUCACCUGGACCUUCCCGAGGACUUCCAAGAAAUGGGCCUGCUUCGGCGAGAAGCGGAUUUUUACCAGGUCCAACCACUCAUCGAGGCUCUACUGGAGAAGGAAGUGGAGCUCUCUAAAGCCGAGAAGAACGCGAUGCUCAACAUCACUUUGGAUCAGAGGACACAAACAGUUCAUUUCACCGUCCGGGAAGCUCCUCAGAUCUACAGCUUGUCCUCUUCUAACAUGGAAGUGUUCAGCGCCCACAUCUUCAGCACUUCCAGCUUGUUCCUCAAACUCCUGGGCUCCAAACUUUACUACUGUUUCAACGGCAACCUGGCCUCCAUCACUACUUAUUUAGAAGAUCCCUACCACGUCACCUUGGAUUGGGUGGCUAGCGUGGAAGGUCUACCCGAAGAAGAAUACACAAGGCAGAACCUAAAGAGAUUGUGGGUCCUUCCCACCAAGAAACAAAUUAACAGUUUCCAGGUCUUUGUGGAGGAAGUACUGAAAAUCGCCAUGAGCGAUGGGUUUUGCGUGGACUCCACUCACCCCCACACGACAGAUUUCAUGAAUAAUAAGAUUAUUCGGCUGAUUCGCUAUAGAUAGACCUAGAACCGGUUUUCUAUCAACGAUGCAACGUUGCGUCGUGUCACAAGCUUACAACCCGGAGCUGAUUUCGCAAACCAUGGUUCUAAUUGGAGGAGGCCUAGCUUCUUUUUUUACUAAAAAGACUAACCCAGAUUUACUAAAACUAGAAACAGAAACGUGAUGGAUUUUUAUGUGGGAAUUAACGUAGGCGUCUUGCUCCAUAAAAAUUCGUCAUUCACACCUUGAAGAAAAAUCAUUAGGAAACCCACUGGGAGGUGGUCCUCAAUUUAUAACCGUUCGUGUAUAGGUAGUCCUCGGCUUAACAGCAGUUCAUUUAGUGACCGUUUCAAAGAUACAGAGUCCUUUUGCGACUUUCUGACAAGCAAAAUCAGUGGCGGGAAACCAGAUUCGUUGAACCACUGGGUUACUAAUUUAAGAACUGCACUUAACCGAAGUGGUGAGAAAAGCCAAAAAUUUCUCACUUGGCAACAUCAGUUGUGGUCGUAAAUUGAGGACCCCCUGUAAUUUCAAACGGUCACUAAACAAACGGUUGGAGGUCAAGGAAUAUCUCUAUGAUAUUUUUUAUACUUUAUGAUGAGCUGUGGUGGCACAGUGGUUAGAAUGCAGUACUGCAGGCUACUUCUGCUGACUGCCGGCUGACUGCAAUUUGGCAGUUCGAAUCUCACCAAGCUCAAGGUUGACUCGGCCUUCUAUCCUUUCCAAGGUGGGUCAAAUGAAGACCCAGAUUGUUGAGGGCCAAAUGCUGACUCUGUAAACCGCUUAGAGAGGGCUAUAAAAGCACUGUGAAGCCGUAUAUAAGUCUAAGUGCUAUGGAGAGGGAAGAAGGAAGGAGCCAUGGUGGCACAGUGGUUAGAAUGCAGUAUUGCAGGCUAGCUUACUGCUCACUGCCAACAGUUCGAUCCUGACUGGCUCAAGGUUGACUCAGCCUUCCAUCCUUCCAAGAUCAGUAAAAUGAGGAUCCAGAUUGUUGGGGGCAAGAGGCUGACUCUGUAAACCACUUAGAGAGAGUUAUAAAAGCACUGUGAAGCGGUAUAUAAGUCUAAGUGCUAUUGCAAAGGGAGGGAGGGUGGAAGGAAGGAAGGAAGAAAAGGAAGGAAGGAAGCUUGGUGGCACAGUGGAUAGAAUGCAUUAUUGUAGGCUGACUCUGCUGACUGCCAACAGUUCGAUCCCGACUGGCUUAAAGUUGACUCAGCCUUCCAUCCUUCUGAGGUCGGUAAAAUGAGGACCCAGAUUGUUGGGGGCAAGAGGCUGACUCUGUAAACGGAGGGAGAUAGAGAUGGUAUUCAAUUACCUUCCCUACCGGUUCGCAAAUAUGAGCGCUUCGGUCGUGCAUGCGCCUUCCGUGCAUAUGCUUUACUUGUUCACGCACACGACUUGCACACCUGCGCGCGGCUUCAAAACUCGCCUAAAUAGGACGGCAUAGCGCCUGGGCAGGUGGGCAGGUCGCUACUACCGGUUCGCUUGAACCGUUCCGAACCGGCUGAAUACCCCCUGUGGCGAUAAAGCACUGUGAAGCGUUAUAGAAGUCUUAAGUGCUAUUGCUAUUGCUAGUGCUAGUGCUAUUGAAGUGAAGGAAUCGUGUUACGGCACAAUUGUCAUUCCACGCUAAGGGUUUUUUUUUUAAAUGCUCCAAUGAUAGGUGGUGCUGGAGACCACUUGAAAUACUUCUGAUAAGAUUGGAACAGCCUGUUUUGAAUUCCAAAUAGUUUAUACCCUUGAUUGGCAACGGUCCAAAUGUCGCCACUUUUCACAUCCGUGAGGAAAAACAGGGAUUCAGACACCAAGGAAAGAAGAGGAAAUAAUUGAUGGUAUUUCUAAUGAUAAGUUUUGUCUGAGGCUGGAAUGAAACUGUCUGUUGUAAGUUUUAUAUAUAUGUUUUAUAUAUAUGUUUUCUGAGGUUUUCGCGGAUAUUUGUAUGUAGGUCUUUGGUUCUGAUGUUAUGGGUCUGAUGUCAACCAAUCAGAACACAGCCAAGCUCCCACCCAAUCAGUUCACACCCCCAUUGUAGUUAAAAGGAAGAAACAGCUGCGAUCACACAUUGCUCCUAGAAGCACGAAGCCGAAAACACCAGCCUGAAGAUGACGAAUGAGACUUCGUCAAACGUUGCCAAGACACUUCCAAUUUUACGUGGGAGAAAACCCGAAUAACCAAAGAUAUAUAUUUGUUUUCUGAGGUUUUCGCAGGUGUCUGUAUGUAAGUCUUUGGUUAUUCGAGUUUUCUCAUUCGUCUCAUUCGUCAUCACGAAGCCGAAAACACCAGCCUGAAGGUGACGAAUGAGACUUCGUUGAAAUGUUGCCAAGACACUUCCAAUUUUACGCGUGGCAGCUGGCAGGGUAUUUAUAACACAUCCCAGGGUCAUGGGAUUCCAUUUUGUGACCUGAUCAGCAGUCAAUGGGGAAGCCAGAUUCACUUAACAACCAUGCUGCUGACUUAACUGCAGUGAUUCGCUUAACAAUUGUGGCAAGAAAGACCAUAAAACGGGACAAAACUCACUUAACAGCUGUCUCGCUGAGCAAAAUUUUGAGCUCCGUUGUGGUUGUAAGUCGAGGACUACCUGUAUAGCAAUGUUUUUACUCAGAAGAAGUGUAAAAUUUACCCAGAGACUUUGAAAAACUUUCAUUUCUCUCAUGACAACAGCCUUCUUUUAACUUUGUUGCCUCAGUUUCCCCAUUGGAAAGGGAGAUGGGGACAGCCUUAACUUAAGAGAAUGGACUCUUUCGGAGAUUAAAAAUCUUUUUUUUUCCCCCAAAUAAAUGACUUGAACUGAGCAGGGCAUGAUAACCACUGGGGUUGAUCCCUUCUCAAUAACAGAAUACAGGUAGUUCUCGAUUUGUUUCAUUUAGUGACCGUCCAAAGUUACAACAGCACUGAAAAAAAAUGACUUAUGACCGUUUUUCACGCUUACGACCGUUGCCUGAUCCCCAGGGUCAUGUGAUUUACUUUCGGACACUUGACAACUGACUCACAUUUAUGACGGUUGCAGUGUCCCGGGGUCAUGUGAUCCCCUUUUGCGACCGUCUGACAAGCAAAGCCAGUGGGGAAGCCAGAUUCACUUAACAACCGUGUAGCUAACUUAACUGCAGUGAUUCACUUAACAAAGGUGGCAAGAAAGGUCAUAAAAUGGGGCAAAACUCCCUUAACACCUGUCUCGCUUAACAUCAGAAAUUUUGGGCUCAGUUGUGGUCGUAAGUUGAGGACUACCUAUAUAAAUACAGAGCAGCAUAUUUUUCUAUUAUCUGCCUGAUUUUAGAGACAAAUGGCUGCUUAUCACCUUCAGGAGGAACUAAGAUAUAAGGCCAGAGUAAAUCGGACUCUCAACGAUCUGUUUGAAGGCCAAAAUGUUGGCUUCCUUUGUCCAUCAACGCAACCUCUCUUCAUACCUCAGCGGGUAGCUUCCCACAUGAGCUGCAAAAAAGUUCUUUUUUGCGUUCUUCAGUUUUGGGAGCUAUAGGCAAAAUAUCCCCCAAACUGUGAACAUGACGGUGAUUUUUAUUUAACAUGGCUGGCUGGGGGAUUCUGGGAGUUGCAGUCCGUGCAUCUUCAAUUUAUGCUACCUGCAGAGGUAAGGAGUUCAGAAAGCCAGUUUUUGAAGUUCUACUUAAUGAAAUGGCUGUUUUCCACUAUGGCGACACCACUCUGCUAUUGUUCUGACCCAGCUCCCCAAAUACGACAAACCCUCUGAAGCGAACUCAAAGAUUCCUUUAUUAGGAACGCCGGCAGCCCCGGCAAAAAGUUUCUCUUGCGCCGCAGGUUAACAAGUCCAUCUGGCAGGGAGAUGAAUAGUUGUUUGCCACAUCUAUUCAUCUCCGCCCCCUGCCUUUUAUCCCCAGAGCUAAAGUGGGGCUUCACUAGCAGCGGUGACUCUUCCGUCCCAAGGACCAGCCCAUAGAUUUCCACUGCUCUCCUCUCCUCUGCCUUCUGCGCGUCAGGCACUGGACCCAGCUGUUCCUCCUCUUCCUCAUCAGCCACCUCCAGACCUGGGGGCUGUUGACUCUCCAUCAGAGGGCUGAUGGAUGGCCUAGGCUCUGCAUUUUGUCUCUCUCUCUGUGACUGCUCCAUUCUCUCUUCCCCCUCGGAGCUCUCCGGUUGCCUUAAUGCUGGCCCUGACUCCCACACCCCCUCCUCCUCCUCUGAUUCGGCUGCUGGAGGGGCCAGCGGCCGACAGGCCAUAUCUUCCCAUCGAUCAUGCCCAUAUUUAUUUAUGUCUGCCAGUGUAUCGAAUGAAAUACGGCACGACCUAUGGCAACAAAACUAAAUUAUUUUUUUUUUUUUUAAUUUGAUUUAUAUGUCGCCCUUCUCCGGAGACUCAGGGCGGCUUACAAUGCGUUAAGCAAUUUUCCACCUAAAGCUGCAGUAUCUUGUAUUUAUUCAUCCUCGGGGAGGCUGGCCCAGCGACGUUCCUGCAUUCGUCUUGUUUUGCGUUUCCCUUGCAUGUCACGUCAUGUUGAGGCACUUGAAGGAAAUGUAAUCCAGGCGUAAGAAUUCUUAUUCUCAAUUAUUCAACUCCUACUUAGUUGGGAAGAAUCCAAACCACACUUUUCUUUUAUUUUGAUUUUUCGGCCUUCAAGUCAGAUGUGACCCGUGUGGCGACUACCUCAAAAACAGUGCAGUUUUCUUGGCAAGAUUUUUCAAGAAGUGGUUUGUUAUUGCUUCCUUCCUGGGGCUGAGAGAUAGUGACUGGCCUAAGGUCACCCGGCUGGUUGGGUGUCUAAGGCAGAACUAAAACUUGCCAUCUCCUGGGGAUCGGUUCAAAGUUAUCCCACCGGCUUUCAUGCCUAAGGCAGGACUAGAAGUCACAAAUCACCUGUUGAUUGGCCCAAAGUCACCCAGCUGGCUUUCAUGCCUAAAGCGGGACUAGAACUCACAGACUCCUGGUGAUUGGCCCAAAGUCACCCAUCUGACUUUCAUGUCUAAGGCAGGACUAGAACUCACCGUCUCCCAGUGAUUGGCCCAAAGUCACCCAAUCAACUUUCAUGUCUAAGACGAGACUAGAACUCAAAGUCACCCAAUCAGUUUUCAUGCCUAACUAGAACUCGCUGUCUCCCAGUUUCCAGCCUGAUGCCUUUAUUGCUUCAAUAAACAGGUUCUCCCAGAAUUAUUAUUACUCUUGGAAAUUUCCUUACGGCUGUAGAAUUUCCACAUUCAAAGUGGUGAUUUUCCAGGACUUAAAUAUGUUGCAGGUUUUUAACAAGGUAAAGGGUAAAGAUACCUUCAGGUUCAGCUUGGCGCCUGGCGAGGACAUCUGUGGAGUUUUCCAGGGUUGUGGAAGUGCCUGAUUUUCCCAGAAAUGUUUUCUUACUUCCAGAUUUUACCAAUACUGAACUUCCCAGGGUUUAGCUACUAAAAGAGAUGAGCUAAUUCUUACAGGUAAUCCUCGAGUUACGACCACAAUUGAGCCCCAAAUUUCUGAUAUUAAGCGAGACAUGUUAAGUUAGUUUUGUCCCAUUUUACAACCUGUCUAUCCACCAUUGUUAGGUGAAUCACUGCAGUUGUUAAGUUAGCAACAUGGUUGUGAAGUGAAUUUGGCUUCCCUAUUGCCUUUGCUCGUCAGAUGGUCACAAAAGAGGAUCAUGUGACCUGGGACUCUGCAACCGUCAUAAAUAUGAGUCAUUUGCCAAGCAUCUGAAUUUUGAUCACCUGCUGCAAUGGGCGUAACUGUGAAAAACAAAUCAUAUAUUCCUUUUAUCUGUGCCAUUGUAGCUUCGGUCAUUAAACAAAUGGUUGUAAGUCAAGGACUACCUGUAUUUCUUUUCAGAGGACACUAAUUUACACAAUUGUUCCUGAACAGUUGUGGUAGACCACAACUCUUGUCUUUCAUCCUGUGCCCAUACUUGGGAAAACCCAACACGCAAACACCUCAAAUAGCUUUAAUUUUUCACUGCCCAGCUGGUGGUAGGUUGUCUCUGUAAUAGCAUUCCAAAAUUAAAUGUAAAAAAUGUGAUUAAACUUUGUAAGUGGUUGAA